AGACAUCUCCUUCAGCAGCCAAGACAUGGACAAUAGUGUACAGCACAGAGCAUCUAAAAUCCUAGCGAGCCAAGCAGCCAGAGAACAUCUAUCCAGCAGAGUCAACAUGAUCAGCACUUCCAAGCCGCUGGCUUUUUCUAUUGAGAGGAUAAUGUCAAGGACUCCAGAGCCCAAAUGUCUCCCUGUACCAAGUUUACUGCAGAGCUCAAUGCACAAGGGGGAGCAGAAGCAAACGCUCCAUGUGAGCUCGUCCUCCAUGCCUUGCAUGAUCCCCUUUGUACCGGUCACCUAUGACCAUUGUCCCAAGCUAGGCAUCACUGGUGCUGAACUGAGAAAAAGCCACCAAGACUCUUCAUCCUCCUUCAGCUGCAACGAGCUUCUAAACUGUGCUGUGGCUUUAAAAGGGGAUUUUCCCCGGGAUGCCUUCCCCCUUCCACAGUACAAACUGGUGCGGCCUCGAGUAGUCAACCACUCGUCCUUCCAUGCCAUGGGAGCGGCUCUGUGCUACUUCAACAGAGGCGAUGCAUCGUGCCACCCCGCUGCCAGUAUCAACAUCCACCCUGUUGCCUCCUAUUUCCUGGGCUCCCAGCUGCACCAGUCUCCCAAGUCCUACCUGGCAGAGAGGAACAAGCUGGUGGUCCCGUCUGUGGAGAAGUACCAAUCGGGGGUGACCUUCAAGGAUCUGUCUCCAGCCCAGUUUCAGCACUACAUGAAGGAGAGCUCACACUCUCUCUCCGACAAGAUCGCUUAUAAAUCGGCUGCCAAAUACGCCAGCUCUUCCCCAAGCAGCAAGCCAAAAGUUUUCACCUGCGAAGUUUGCGGAAAGGUCUUUAAUGCGCACUAUAACCUAACCCGACACAUGCCGGUGCACACAGGGGCCAGGCCGUUCGUUUGUAAAAUCUGCGGAAAGGGGUUUCGCCAGGCUAGCACUCUGUGUCGCCACAAGAUCAUCCACACACAGGAGAAGCCACAUAAGUGUAACCAGUGCGGCAAAGCUUUCAACAGGAGCUCCACGCUGAACACGCACACGAGGAUCCACGCAGGAUACAAGCCUUUCGUCUGUGAAUUCUGUGGCAAGGGCUUCCACCAAAAAGGUAAUUACAAGAACCACAAGCUCACUCACAGCGGGGAGAAGCAGUUCAAGUGCAAUAUCUGUAACAAGGCAUUUCAUCAGAUCUACAACCUGACCUUCCACAUGCACACCCACAACGAUAAAAAACCCUUCACCUGCCCCACCUGCGGCAAAGGAUUCUGCAGGAACUUCGACCUGAAGAAACAUGUACGCAAACUGCAUGAUAACAUCACUGGAGGGGCCCCUGUACCCAGUCCAGCUGGGCAGGAGGAGUUGGCAAACCCUUCCAGAGACCAGCCUUCCAGAAGCCAGAGCCCAAGCCUGCAAAAGGGCAUUUACUGACACUUACCUGUGGACAGAAGAGCGC